AUGGAGAUGGUGACCGUUGUUCCUCGACAGCGUCUCGAGGGCCUUGAAUUGCUUGGAGGACCAACGGAGGCCAUGAUACCUCCACGGCGAUGCAUGUUGCCAUUCUGGCUUGCUAUACUACUCAAACGCCAACGCCGAGUUAAUAUAUUAGCUCCCUCGUGGCUUGCUUUGGAGUCACUCUCCUCAAUUCUCGAGUUAGAGACUAUAAAAACGGAGCAAUUCUGCCCUCCUCCAACCCUCCUGGCUCCGGCGCAGAAUGGAAACACGAAUUCUAGACAACACCGUGGCAGUGGAACCAAUAGAUCUCGAUACAAUAUGGACGGGAAGAGUUAUAUCCCAUCACCUCCGUUUUUACUGCAAAAUACUGUGGACGCCGAACAGAACGAACUUCUACAGUCACUGCCCUAUCACUGGUUUGAAUUUGCGACUAUGCUUCUCGAUGUAGCAAGUGACGACAUUCAAGAUUCCGACCAUGUGCGGCGUUGCGUACGUGAUAUUCGAGAGGUGCGGAUGUCGAAAAUGCGCCUGCUGAUGGAAGGGGUAGAUGCCACUGCUGUUGGUGGUGGAGAUGGCUUAUUAUUAACCGGAGUUGGAGCCAUGGAAAUUGGCGAAGCAAGAGGGUUUAUAUCUGGUGCAGCUGAAGCUUUGAGGCAAAUUGGUGCUUCAAAGGAAGAAACCUUGAGAGAGCAAGCAGAGGACGAAGGGGAGGAUAUUCAAUUUGGUGGAAGGAAUGAUUAUGAUGAUGAAAUGGACGUGGAGCUAUAA